GCGCCGCGGGGCUUCGGCGGCGCCAUCGAGAGGAGCCGCGACCUGCUGCGCAGGGUCAAGGAUGAAGCAGGAAUCCCGGGCAUAGUGGUUGGAGUUUCUGUAGAUGGAAGGGAAAUCUGGGCAGAAGGAUUGGGUUAUGCCGAUGUAGAGAAUCGUGUGGUGUGUAAACCAGAGACCGUCAUGCGAAUUGCUAGUAUUAGCAAAUGUCUUACCAUGCUGGCUGUUGCUAAAUUGUGGGAAGAGGGAAAACUGGAUCUAGAUGCUCCAGUGCAGAAAUAUGUCCCUGAAUUUCCAGAAAAAACCUAUGAGGGUGAAAAGGUCGUUAUUACUACAAGACUAUUAGUUUCACACUUGAGUGGCAUUCGUCACUAUGAAAGAGAUAUUGCAAAAGUAAAGGAAGAGAAGGAAAAGGCUAACAGAGCAUUUAAACUAACAAAAUCUAACCAGGAGAAGGAGUUAAAAGAAAAAGAAGCUAAAGGCCUUGAAAAGACCGAUUCUGUCAAAGCUAAGAAAGAACAUGAAGUUGAGGUAAAAAGCCGAAAUUCAAAACCUGGCAGGAGAGAAAAGGAAUUUGAACAAGAAGAAUAUUAUUUGAAGGAAAAAUUUGAAAGUGUGAUUGAAUCACUGAAGAUAUUUAAAAAUGACCCUCUGUUUUUUAAACCAGGCAGUCAGUUCUUGUAUUCAACAUUUGGCUUUACCCUCUUAAGUGCUGUUGUGGAAAGAGUUUCAGGACAAAARUUUACAGAUUACAUGCUAAAAAUGUUUCAGGACCUGGAUAUGCUGUUGACUGUACAGGAUGACAAUGAAGCAAUGAUAUAUAACAGAGCAAGGUAUUAUGUUUACAACAAAAAGGGACGGCUGGCGAACGCGCCGUACGUGGACAACUCUUACAAAUGGGCUGGUGGUGGCUUUUUGUCCUCAGUGGGUGAUCUUCUGAAAUUUGGAAAUGCCUUGUUGUACAGUUACCAAGUUGGGCGGUUUAAAAACAUCGAUGGCAAACUUCUUCCUGGGUACCUCAAACCAGACACCGUYGCAAUGAUGUGGACCCCGGUGCCGAAAACUGAAGUCUCGUGGGACAGGGAUGGUAAAUACGCCAUGGCUUGGGCCGUAGCAGAGAAGAACCAAGAGUACGGCUGCUGCCGCCAGCAGAGACAUUACGCUUCCCAUACGGGAAGCGCGGUGGGCGCCAGUAGCGUCCUGCUUGUUCUUCCCGAAGAGCUGGGCUCCGAAGCCAUGGAAAAUGGGCUCGUGGUCCCACCUCGAGGAGUCAUUGUUACCAUUAUCUGUAAUAUGCAAUCGGUUUCCCUCAGCAGCACUGCCUUAAAGAUUGCAAGGGAAUUUGAUAAAGAAAAAUGGCUGCAAUAUGUAGAUUAAAAAAACAAACAAACACAAUUUUGAGUAACUGAACUACUGUACUGAAACAUGGAAAAAAGAGAGGURCAAUUGAGGUCUGAUAUUACUAAGAAUAUAUGAUAGAAAGUAUCAGAAAUUCACUUAAUCAACUUCUGUUAGUGGUGCUACAUUUUCCUGUAACUGGAUUCAUCUCUCAGGGAAGUUCCUAGCUUAUAAAACAGAAUGUAAAAGUUGAAUUUGACUUCCUGUUUUACCCAUGUAAAUUAUCAUUAUAUUACUGGGUCUUGAUUUUGAUUUUUUGUCCCCCACCCAUCCAGUCAGACAUUUAACCAAGAUUAAAAUUAGAUUAGGACUGAUUUCUUGUACUAAGAAGUGCAGCAACAAAUUAUAUGAAUUAAAUAUUGUGGAAAAACUUGUUGCAUCUUGACUUGAAUACACAAAAGCACCUACCCUCUCCCUCUCCCCCAAUUCAGGUCUGCCAAAAUUAUUCAGUAUUAUUCACAAAGUUUUAGUGUCUGUUUUAUUUUUUUACAGAGCUUUUCUUAAUUUGUUUAAGAAAAAAAACAAGAAGCAAAUACUGAAGCUACCUCUAGAAGGCAGUACUUAAAAAAAAAACAAACAGAAAUGUGGAUUGUUGAAUUCAAAAAGAAUAAAGCUAGAGUACUGUGAGUAAAAAUCUUUUCAUUAUGUAGCUAUCGGGGCUUCCAUUUUGAUUGAGCGCAGAGAAUGUGUGAAACUUUUU